UCUAACCAACAAUUUCUGCGAUCCAAUUUUAUUUGUUGUUCAUUUUUUUCUCUCUAUUGCCUCUGAAUUUUCCACUUUUUUUGCUCUUGCUGAGCAUCUCUCAGAUGCAUUCACUCGUUCUCGUUCAAAACUAAUAAUUAUUAAUAAUAAACAGCCCAUCGAAAUCGUGUAUACCGCGAAAUGUUGUCAAUUGUGUACAUGUGUACGACGAAAAAAAAGUGGAUGCCGUACGUGCUCUGUAUGCAUAAAGUUUGAGUGCCGAAUGUGUUGCGUGUGCGACAGCAUCGUCGAUAAUUAAACGGAGCCCGAACGUGUUUCGGUACGCGGACGCGACCAGACGUGAGAGACGUGAAAAAGCAUCAGAAAUUCGGUCUCGGUAAUCAAGGCACACACGAGCACGCGAGAUACCAAAACGAAUGAGCGGAAAAAUAAAGGCAGGGAAAAUCAGUUUAUGUGCGGCACUUGAUCGCGUCUGAUUUGAAAAAUACGGCACAGGAAAAUCGUUCGUUUCGUCAACGUCGCUUCUGUCGUCUUUGUCGUCGUCGUCGUCGUCAUUGUGAAUAUCAUCCGAUCAAAACGAUACGAAUGCCAGUUUUAGCACAGUGAUUCUUAGAUUUUGAUUUAAUUUUCAUUUUAUUUUCUCGCGUGUGUCGUUUUUGUGCAUAUUUUUCGGAGCGAUUUGAAUGAAAAAUCCGCAGCCAAGUGUUGCUUUGAGCCGUUGCUCGUGGUCAUUUGAAUCGAUGGAAUUUUUCCAAUCGUGGACAUUUGUUUUGAACGAUCAAAGUGAACCAUAGUAGUAGAUUCUAGAAGUGUAAAAGUUUCGAUUUGAAUUUCUCGGCUGGUGCAAAAGGCAAAUCUUGCUAUUUUAGCAAGGUAUCGAGCCCGAAAUCUGUUCAGAUGCUAUUAAUUGAUGCGCAGUGAACAAGAGAGAGAGAGAGAGAGAGCAUUGAUUCAGCACUAUGGAGCCAUACACCGUGCAAGCGGAAUACUCGUUUCAAGGCGAAAAUAAUGACGAGCUACGUUUUAAGAAAGGCGAUAUCAUCACCGUAACACAACGCGAAGAUGGUGGCUGGUGGGAAGGAACGCUCGGCGAAGUAACUGGAUGGUUUCCAAGCAAUUAUGUGAAGGAGUAUAAAGCACCGUUGCCAUUGGCCGAAACGGUACGAACACCGGAAGAAAUACAAGCAUCAAGACAGGUCGUGCUCAACGAUUUACUGGAAAGUGAACGAGCGCACGUAGCCGAGAUCCGUGGUCUGUUCGAAAACUUUUUAGAACCACUGCAAACAAGUCAAAUUGUAAAUCCUGACGAAUAUGCUCAGUUACUGGGCAACUUUAUCGAAGUUGUUGAAACACACGAAGAACUUCUGACGGCAAUGGAGUCCAGUAAUGACCGCAUUGGAAAGUUAUUUUUAACAAAGGCAGCCACAAUGAAAUGUAUUCAUCAGGCAUAUUGUGCGGCUCAUCCCCGUGCAAUUGUUAUUUUGGACAAACACAGCGAACAACUUGAAGCGUAUAUGGAGAGACAAGGUGCUGCCUCACCCGGGCUGUUGGUUUUAACAACAGGUUUGUCAAAACCAUUCCGUCGACUUGAUAAAUAUGCGGCAAUGCUUCAAGAGCUGGAGAGACACAUGGAAAGUGGCCAUCCCGAUCGGGGCGAUACACAACGAAGCAUAUCCAUUUAUAAGGAUAUUGCGUCAAUGUGCGCUGCGACACGACGUCAAAAGGAAUUGGAACUGCAAGUAUUAACUGGCCCGGUGCGAAAUUGGCAGGGGCAAGACCUAAGCACAUUGGGUGAUAUCAUACAUAUGGGAAGUGUUGCUGUUGGAUCGGAUCAUCGUGAUCGAUACUUUGUACUUUUUCCACACACAUUGCUUAUCUUAAGCGUUAGCCAAAGAAUGAGCGCCUUCAUUUAUGAGGGAAAAUUGCCAUUAACUGGAAUCACUGUGAAUCGAUUAGAAGACACCGAGACGAUAAAGAAUGCGUUUGAAAUUGGUGGGCCGUUAAUCGAGCGAAUAACGGCAGUGUGUCAAGGGCCAAACGAAGCGAAUAAAUGGGUUGAACUAUUGUCACCUGACCCGAUUGCCUCUUUCAAGCCAAAGUCCAACGAAUCGCUUAAGAACAUGAGCAAUUCCGCAAUGUCAUCUCCAAUUCAUACGGCAACUCACGCCACCGUCAACAACGUCGGCCAAAUGAAUCGGGGAGCGGCAUCAAUGCAAGCAUCACAGCACAAGCGCAGCCUUUCAUUCAAUCAUCACCUCAGCUACAAUCAGUACAGCAGCCCGAACGCGAACAACGCUGCCACAUUAAACCACAAACUGAUGAACGAUCCCAGCCUACCGCCGCACGUUCAAAUGCGCGAGAGGUCCGACCAACCGGCACCCGUCCCAAAGACUAAUUCCAAAGCCAAUUGGAGUAUAGUCAAUUUGCGGCCAGCACCACCGCUACGUCCCACAUUGAUAAAUACGAAUUCGUCGUCCGGUAGUAAUGGUGCCAUUUUAGCAAACACCAAAAAGUCUCAGCCAACCUAUGAAGAAGAUGCCCUUGUUUUACGCGUCAUCGAAGCGUACUGCACCGCUUAUCAAAAUCCAACUCGAAAUGCCCUACAUUCAGCUUUACAACCCUGGACACCGUGCUUACCGAUCCGGGGUGGAAAAUUGAAAACCGCAAAAAAUUAUUCAACCUCAAAUCCGCAGCUGUCGUUCACAUCAUGCGCUUCGAAUGCUUACAUGCACAAUAAUCGGACGGGCAAUACAUCGUGCAAUAGCUUAAAUUCAUCGUAUAUUUGGCGUGAGGCAAGCCCAAACAAUUUCAAUCUGUAUUCAUCGUCUGUGUCGUCGUUGAAUGCGGGCGGUGGUAAUGCUUCGUUGCCGACAAGUGUUUCGAAUUCACCGUAUCGUUAUUCAAUUGGAUCGAAUAGUCGAUCGCCGGAAUUUCGUUCGGUGUCCGAAGAAAAAGCCAUCACCAAUAAAAAAUCCUUGGCCAGUAAAUUCAAAGGAUCAUCACACUAUGAAAAUGUUUAUAUGACACCAUUAUUACCGCAACGCAAAAACAAACAAACAGUGAAAAUCGUAAAAAGCUCACAGGAAAAUGUCUAUAUGCAUAAUGUAGGCAGACGUCUAUCGAAUGAUACCGAUUUAAGUGAUGAUCCAAUGCCAUACGGGCUUUAUGAUCGACGUACGAAUCGCUCAUUCGAAGCACCAUCACGAGAUAUGAUUCAUCCAAUUGAUCCGAAUAACAAACACUUGCGACGCUCAACACCACAUCUGCUCAGCGACGACAUUUACACGGAUACUGACCAAACGAGAAAAUCCAAACGACACUCAGCCACUUGGUGCUGCGGCAAUUUUAUGCUCAAACAAUGGAAGAAAGUUCAUCAGUACGAUUGAAGUGUUGAACAUUCAGUCGGAUACUUGGUAACCGUAGCGUAUCUGUAAUGGAACUGUUUUUUUCUUUAUUAACUUUAUUUACUCAUUUUAACGCCUUAUAUUCUGCUUCACAAAAAGACCAUACGUUUGCCAUCAACCAAUUUAUUUCUUCAACAACAAUGUUACUAAAGUAUCUAAAUUGUAUGUGUAUACUCUUCAAGCAGCUACUCAAACCAUAGUUUUACUGUUAGAUUUUCAAGUUGCCCAAAUAAGUUGUUUCUGAAACUCUUUUGUUCAUUUUCAAAUUGUACAUAGAUAAGUAUGAAUUGAUUCUCGAAUCUCUGUGUAAAUAUGUUGUAAGUAAAUAUGUGCCAUUUUCGGUAGAACAAUUGUUUUUUGGAUGACAAAGGAUAAAUCACCAUACCAAUUCAUUUGUAUUGUGAUCUUAAUUGCUAUUAUAUCUCUAUUUAUUUUAUGCAUACAUAAUGUAAAGCACAGUCACACUGAAACAUGUUGAGCUUAUUUUAAUUGAUCGCCACUUUUCAGUUUAUAAGUAGAACAAAUAUCAUUUUAACGAUAUGCCAUUGAGAUUUACAACGUACCAUUAUAUGCUUUGAUAUUUUUUUCCCCUCUUAUGAAGAGAUUCACACGUCUGUUCACCAUUCAUACGAUAUGAAUGGAAUGCAUACAAUUCACGAUAUGAAUAAAAUCUAUCAAACUAUGAAUAAUAAACUUUCAUACCAAAACAUAAAUACUCCAAAGGAUCAAAACCAGUCGGUUCACUCAAAUCGAAAGUGAAUACAAACAAAAUAAACAUAUAUGGUCUAUGAAUAACUUCAUUCAAUAUAACACCCACUUCAAUCUAUUUCACUAUAUGAGAUUUCCUUCGAACAUGGAAAAUGUUUAUUAUUGUUGUUGUUCGGCUUGUUUUUCGACAUGCUCAGAAAAAUGAGUUCAAUGAAUGUGCUAUUUUAAACGAGAUUAUACCAUUUUUGAUAAAGAUGUUUAUUUCUCUUCUUUUUGAUAAAAAGGAGAACGCAAACCAAUUCAAAUGUUUUCGUUGAAUAUCGAUUUCAGUAGCCAAUUUGUAAAACUAAUUAUUAUUAUGAAUUGAAAUAUCUUGGAAAUACAACUCGAUGUUUCGUUUUAAUUUAUUAUUCUAUCAAGUAUUAUUUCAAUCGCUGUAUUUUAUCUGUUGAAAUUUCCUAGAACGUAGCUCAUUCAGUUCGAUUGCGUUUUUUUUUCCCGUAGAAAUUACAAAAAUAGAAACAAAAGAAAAAACCGUAGUAACCUAAAUGUUAUUCUAAUAUUCUAACUACAAACAUAAUUGAAUAAAUCGAUGCCAAAAAAAGCGGAAGUGAACAAGAGUGUCUUUAUUUUCAUGAUGAGUGCAUUCAGCUUGAGGUAUUUUCUUUUUUCUUUUUUUUGGCUCAAAACAUACCGUGACUUCAGUGGUACAUUUUUAUUUCAUGAUUUGCAUUAUUUCGGUUCUUUUUUUCGUUUCAUCAACUCCUCCUCCUCCCUCCACACAUAAGUACAUAUAUAUACUAAUUUGAUGUUUGUUUUUGCUUACACUCCAAAAACGUGCAUUGAAUACUUCACACUGCAAAGGAAAUUGUUGUCUAGAUUGAAUGUAGUUGGUAGUUUUAUCUGAGCAAAAUGUGACUGGUGCUUCAGAACACUGUAAAUUAGCUUGUGAAACAAUAUGACAACAGAACCGUAGUAGUUUAUAUGAUAUAUUGUAAAUGUUUAGCUAGAAAUGAAAAAAAAAACAAUUAUUUGGUUGUAUCCAACCCAAAACACUUCCAAUGUUAUUGUAACCACAUAUUUCCCACAUUUUUCCUUCCACCGCAAAUUUAAAAAAAACCAACAACAACAACAACCACUACCAUCGCACACACAAAUGCACCAUUUACAGGCCUUGAAAAUGAGGACAUGACGCCAACGUUGAAACAAAUCUGGGUUGCCGUACGACAAUUGCAACAAGAUAUGAAUCAAAUCAAAAUUCAAGUCAACGAAGAACGUGCACUUCGCAGCUAUUUACAACAAUUGCUGAUGGGUCAUCUCGAGGGAUUGAGCUCAACCAAAAAUUGCUAAAUUGCGCCAAAAUCUAGAGUCACUCACGACUCACAUCGUCACAACUUCUUUUUUUUUCUUUAACAAUGCAUCACUGUCUACGGAUUCAUAUCACACAAUUUUUUCGUUUUCUUUUUUGGAUGUCUGUCAACUAACUCGCUGUCACAUCAAUGUAAUAUUGUAAAUGUUUGUUGUAACAAGAGAAAAUUACAGAAAAAAAGAAAUAUAAAUGUAUAGCUCGGGUCUAAGUGUGCCUUAGUCUUCUAAAUGUAUUCAAUUAAAGUGAAAUUUUUACAAACAAUGAGAUUUUCUCACUCACACCUCCCAUAUACUCCAACGAUGAAAAAAACACCAUUGAACUCGUGCGGAAACAAUUAAAUACAUGCACCAAUUUCUCCAUGGUCAGAAAUUUUUGCGUGUUUUCAACAUAUUUGUUUUUUCGUUCAAUUCGAUACCUUUUCCGAUGAUAAACCGAUAGUAUUAAGAAUGAAAUGUAAUUUUCGACGCGCAACAAAACAUACACUUCUAUAUUACUCUGCAUGUUGUAUUCAUCUAUUUAACACGUAUAAAGAACACAGAGAAUCGCACUUGUUAACCGUCGAAAAUCAUCUUUUUCUCUUUGUUUAAGUGAAGUUCAUUAAGAGUUGUAUUUUUUUUCUGCGUAAAUAAUAAGAAAGAAUUCGUAAGGAAGUAUUUAUCAAAAGAAACAGAAAAAACGGUCGCUGAUUAUAACGAUGAGUAAUGUCAUUAUCGCAUCCGAUGAUUGAUUGUAUUUUGUAGUACAAAGUAGAGGAAACAAAUAAAUAAAAACUCGUUUUGAAUUGUA